UUAGUACAUAAUUUCACCUUAUCUUCUUGCUGCCGUGCGAGAAUCCCUGUUACCGAAUAGGUAUAGACAAUAAAAAUAAAUAAAUGAAGCCAAUUGCAAUAACAUUGGUUAGAAAAACAAUACGAGUUACCAAUUUGAUGACAUCAGUCACCAACACAAACAGAACAAAACAACAAACAAGCUUUAUACACAAACGACUUUUGAGAUUCAUCAAACAAUGGGCAGUCAAACACUCCCCGUGCUGGUCACUGCACUGGCGACCGUAUUCAUCCAAAAAAUUAAAUUCUCAAAAGAAGAAAAAGAAAAAAAAGGAAAGUGUGUGUGAUUAUUGAUUAUUCGUUUCACUAUUAUGGUAACCGUUUGAAUAAUUGAAUGUAACCUUCUAUUUUUCCAAUUCUGCAUGUGAGAGUAUUCAAUUUCUCACAUAAAUUGAGAUUUUGAGACCAAAGACUUUUUCUUUCCCUACAACGCGACACAGCAAAUCGAAACCUUAGCACUUUCGAGAUGGCGGAGAAACAGCUCAUCGUUGCCGUCGAAAGCACCGCUGCUAUGGGACCCUAUUGGGACACCAUUCUCAUGGAUUAUCUCGACAAGAUGAUCAGAUGUUUUGGUGGAAAUGACUCAACUGGGCAGAAAUCUUCUGCUUCCAUUGUGGAGUUUGCUCUAGUCACCUAUAAUACUCAUGGAUGUUAUUCUAGUUGCCUUGUGCAACGGAGUGGUUGGACCAGGGACCCAGAUGUUUUCUUCCUGUGGCUAUCAUCUAUACCCUUUAAUGGUGGUGGUUUUAAUGAUGCAGCAAUUGCUGAAGGGCUUUCUGAAGCUCUGAUGAUGCUCUGGAUCUCUCAAAGCGGAGCCCCUAAUCAGCAGAGUGUGGAUAUGCACAAGCAUUGUAUCCUUGUUGCUGCAAGUAAUCCCUAUCCGUUGCAGACACCAGUUUACGUUCCACGACCACAAAACCUAGAGCAGAGUGAAACCAUUGACUUGGACUCAGGGAGCCAUUUAUAUGAUGCUGAAGCGGUAGCUAAAGCAUUUCCUCAGUUUUCUAUUUCCCUGUCAGUCAUCUGCCCAAAACAACUUCCCAAGAUUAAAACCAUUUACAAUGCGGGAAAACGAAACAAUAGAGCAGCUGAUUCACCACUUGAGGCUAAAACCCCUCAUUUUCUUAUUUUAAUAUCUGAAGGUUUCAGGGAAGCCUGGGGUGCUUUGAGUCGUUCUGGGAUCACAAGUUUGCCUUCAAAUCAAAGUCCUGUUAAAGUAGAUGCUGUUUCUGUAACACCAGUUACAGAGGCACCCCCAACUUCUAUGCCAGUUAAUGGAUCUAUUCCAAACCGGCAACCAGUUCCUGCUGGGAAUGUGGCUCCUGCUACUGUAAAAGUGGAGCCAGUUCUUGUAGCCUCCAUGGUAUCUGGACCUGCUUUUCCUCACAAUUCGUCAGUUCCUCGUGCUACUAGUACUAGUCAAGGAGUUCCAAGCUUGCAGACGUCUUCUCUAUCUUCUGUUUCUCAAGAUAUUAUAACAAAUAAUGAAAAUGCGCAGGAUACGAAGCCUACAGUGUCAAUGCUGCCCCUUCGUCCAGUGAAUCCUGCUCAAGCAAAUGUGAACAUUUUGAACAAUCUCUCUAUAGCACGGCAGGUGAUGAACUCUGCUGCCUUAAGUGGUGGAACCUCUAUGGGACUUCCGUCAAUGAGUCAGACUCCUGUUGCCAUGCACAUGUCAAACAUGAUAUCUAGUGGGAUGACAUCUUCUGUACCUGCAGCUCAAAAUGUAUUUUCAUCUGGACAGUCAGGAAUAACAUCAAUGACUAGUUCUGGACCUCUUACUGGUCCUGCACAGGUUGGACAAAACUCAGGUCUCGGUUCAUUAACUUCAAACACUUCUAAUUUGUCUUCAAGUUCGAACAUUGGGAUUUCACAACCAUUGGGUAAUCUUCAAGGGGCUGUUAGUAUGGGACAACAGGUGUCCGGUAUGAGCCAAGGAAACCUUUCAGGGGCCCAAAUGGUGCAAGGUGGAGUUAACAUGAACCAAAAUGUAAUGAGUGGUCUUGGUCAAUCAGUUGUUUCUUCUGGGACUGGCACGAUGAUUCCUACUCCAGGAAUGUCUCAACCUGUACAAUCAGGUAUGCAGCCACUUGUGAACAAUGCCGCAACUAAUAUGCCUUUGUCACAACAGACAUCAGGUGGUAUGCAAUCAGCACAAUCCAAAUAUGUGAAGGUCUGGGAGGGAAGCUUGUCUGGACAAAGACAAGGACAGCCAGUAUUUAUCACCAAACUUGAAGGUUACAGGAAUUCUUCCGCCUCUGAGACACUUGCAGCAAACUGGCCCCCUGUAAUGCAAAUAGUUCGGCUUAUAUCUCAGGACCACAUGAAUAACAAACAAUAUGUAGGAAAGGCAGAUUUUCUAGUUUUUCGGGCAAUGAACCCACAUGGAUUUCUUGGUCAGCUGCAGGAAAAGAAGCUGUGUGCAGUUAUUCAAUUACCAUCACAGACAUUGCUACUAUCUGUUUCUGACAAAGCCUUCCGCUUGAUUGGGAUGCUUUUUCCUGGGGAUAUGGUCGUAUUUAAGCCGCAAUUGUCGAGUCAGCAGCAGCAACAGCACCAGCAGAUGCAAAACCAACAGCAACAUCUUCCGCAGUUGCAACAACAGCAGCAGCUACCUCACAUGCAGCAACAACAACUUCCUCAGCUGCAGCAGCAGCAGCAGCUUCCUCAGCUGCAACAGCAGCAGCAACUUCCUCAGCUACAACAGCAGCAACAGCUCCAGCAGCAGCAGCUUCCGCAACUCCAGCAACAGCAGCAGCUGCCUCAACUUCAACAACUCCCACAACUACAGCAACAGCAGCAGCUUCCGCAGUUGCAGCAACUGCAGCCACAGCAGCAACAGAUGGUUGGGGCAGGAAUGGGUCAAGCCUUUGGUCAAGGCCCUGGGCGGUCACAGCUGGUUUCUCAGGGACAAGUUUCAUCACAAGGAGCAACAAACAUCGGUGGAGGGGGCUUCAUGAGUUAACUCAAUUUUUGAUAAGUUUCGGGGCUUCAUGAGUUAACUCAAUUUUUGAUUAGUUUCCCCACAUCUAACGGAGGGUAUAUUUUUGGAAGCUAGUUGUUUAUAAUGUUAUGGCAUUUGUAUGAACAUGGAACAUCUGUGCUAAAAUGUCCUAGCGUCCAAUCACAAGUAUUUAGCUAACAAUUCAUGUCACAAAUUGAUAGGUUCAGACUAACGGUAAAAUGUUCGUUUGAUUUCUUCAGCAAUUUAUAUUUAGAGUAUGUUAAAAAGUUAUUUUGAACA